CGCGCGCGCACCGGAGGCACGUAGCGUGGGUGACGCGUAAUAUGUGGGCCGCUCGGAGCCGCGGUCGCGCCGUGUGUGCCAAGCCAUGACUUCAGGAUCAGUGCACGUGGACUCCAAAGCUGAGCUCACUACCUUAUUAGAGCAGUGGGAGAAGGAACAUGGCAGUGGGCAAGAUAUGGUUCCUAUCCUCACCAGGAUGUCAGAGUUGAUUGAAAAAGAAACUGAAGAAUAUCGUAAGGGAGAUCCAGAUCCAUUUGAUGAUAGACAUCCUGGGCGAGCUGAUCCAGAAUGUAUGUUGGGCCACCUAUUGAGAAUACUCUUCAAGAAUGAUGAUUUCAUGAAUGCAUUGGUGAAUGCAUAUGUGAUGACAAGUAGAGAGCCUCCUUUGAACACUGCUGCUUGUAGACUCUUGUUAGAUAUCAUGCCUGGGCUGGAAACUGCUGUUGUCUUUCAAGAAAAGGAAGGAAUUGUUGAGAACCUCUUCAAAUGGGCAAGAGAGGCUGAUCAACCCCUGAGGACUUAUUCUACUGGACUAUUGGGAGGUGCUAUGGAAAACCAAGAUAUUGCUGCCAACUAUAGGGAUGAGAACUCACAGCUGGUGGCUUUAGUGCUUCGGAGACUUAGGGAGCUACAAGUGCAUGAAAUGACUUUACGGCAGGAAAAUAAGCGUCCCAGCCCUCGAAAGUUGUCCUCUGAACCACUGUUGCCACUGGAUGAGGAAGCAGUUGACAUGGACUAUGGGGAAAUGACAAUGGAUGGAGAACAAGAGGAGACUUCCAGGGAUAUGGAGAUUUCCUUUCACCUUGAUUCAGGCCAUAAGACCAGUAGCAGAGUGAAUUCAGCCACCAAACUUGAGGAUGGAGGGUUGAGAAAAAGUAAAAUGGCAAAACAGGGUGACAGAGAUGGCUUCAGAAAGGCCAAACAAAAGUUGGGUUUCUCAACCUCUGAGCCAGAACGCAUGUUUGUUGAACUCUCUAACAGCAGCUGGUCAGAAAUGUCCCCUUGGGUUAUUGGUACUAAUUAUACCCUUUAUCCUUUGACUUCUGCUAUAGAACAACGACUUAUUCUUCAAUACUUGACCCCACUAGGAGAGUAUCAGGAGCUGCUUCCCAUUUUCAUGCAGCUUGGAUCACGGGAGCUGAUGAUGUUCUAUAUUGAUUUGAAAAGGACGAAUGAUGUAUUGCUCACCUUUGAGGCUCUGAAGCACUUAGCAUCACUUCUGCUCCACAACAAGUUUGCUACAGAGUUUGUUGCUCAUGGAGGUGUACAGAAAUUACUGGAAAUUCCUCGUCCUUCUAUGGCUGCUACUGGUGUAUCCAUGUGCUUAUAUUAUCUCUCUUAUAACCAGGAUGCCAUGGAACGAGUCUGCAUGCAUCCCCACAAUGUUCUGUCUGAUGUAGUGAACUAUACCUUGUGGCUAAUGGAGUGUUCCCAUGCAUCAGGGUGCUGCCAUGCUACCAUGUUCUUCUCUAUUUGCUUCUCUUUUCGUGCUGUCUUGGAACUCUUUGACAGACAUGAUGGUCUUCGUCGCCUGGUCAACUUGAUCAGUACCUUAGAAAUUCUAAACUUGGAAGAUCAAGGUGCUCUUCUGAGUGACGAUGAAAUAUUUGCCAGCCGCCAAACUGGGAAACAUACUUGCAUGGCACUCCGCAGGUACUUUGAAGCUCACCUGGCCAUUAAGUUGGAACAGGUGAAGCAAUCACUUCAGAGAACAGAAGGUGGUAUUCUUGUCCAUCCACAACCACCAUACAAGGCAUGUUCUUAUACUCAUGAGCAGAUUGUGGAGAUGAUGGAGUUUCUUAUAGAGUAUGGACCAGCCCAGUUAUAUUGGGAACCAGCUGAAGUCUUCCUCAAACUUUCUUGUGUACAACUCAUGUUGCAGCUUAUCUCCAUUGCCUGCAAUUGGAAAACCUACUAUGCAAGGAAUGAUACUGUACGCUAUGCUUUAGAUGUCCUGGCUAUUCUUACUGUGGUACCAAAAAUCCAGCUGCAGUUAGCUGAAUCAGUGGAUGUGUUAGAUGAAGCUGGAUCCACUGUCUCUACUGUAGGUAUCAGCAUCAUCUUGGGAGUAGCAGAGGGUGAGUUCUUUAUCCAUGAUGCUGAAAUUCAGAAAUCCGCUCUUCAGAUCAUUAUCAAUUGUGUGUGUGGCCCAGAUAACCGGAUCUCUAGUAUUGGCAAGUUCAUCUCUGGAACUCCUAGGCGAAAGCUGCCUCAGCCUCCAAAAAGCAGUGAGCAUACGCUGGCCAAGAUGUGGAAUGUGGUACAGUCCAACAAUGGUAUCAAGGUGCUCUUGUCAUUGUUGUCCAUCAAGAUGCCCAUCACUGAUGCAGACCAGAUCAGAGCAUUAGCGUGCAAAGCCCUAGUAGGACUUUCUCGUAGUAGUACUGUCCGGCAGAUCAUCAGCAAGCUGCCUCUUUUCAGUAGCUGCCAGAUCCAGCAGCUGAUGAAGGAACCUGUUUUGCAGGAUAAACGCAGUGACCAUGUCAAGUUCUGCAAAUAUGCUGCUGAGCUAAUUGAACGUGUAUCCGGAAAGCCCCUCCUUAUUGGUACUGAUGUCUCUCUUGCACGGCUGCAGAAAGCAGAUGUGGUAGCUCAGUCUAGAAUCUCUUUUCCUGAGAAGGAAUUGCUUCUUUUAAUCCGAAAUCAUCUCAUCUCCAAAGGGCUGGGAGAGACAGCAACUGUCCUCACCAGAGAGGCUGAUCUACCCAUGACUGCUGCAUCUCAUUCCUCUGCCUUCACUCCUGUCACAGCUGCUGCUUCCCCUGUUUCUCUGCCUCGUACCCCUCGCAUUGCCAAUGGCAUUGCAGCCAGACUAAGCAGCCAUGCCAGUGUAUCCUCCUCUGCCUCAUCUGUCCAUUCUCAGUCACGGCCUCCACAGGGUCCACUUGCCCUACCUGGCCCUUCUUAUGCAGGCAGCUCCCCUUUGAUUGGCAGGAUCAGUUUUAUCAGGGAGAGGCCAUCACCCUGCAAUGGCAGGAAAAUCAGAGUGUUACGGCAGAAAUCGGACCAUGGCGCCUACAGCCAAAGCCCAGCCAUAAAAAAGCAGUUGGACAGACAUCUUCCUUCCCCUCCCACGCUGGACAGUAUCAUCACAGAAUACCUUAGGGAGCAGCAUGCUCGCUGCAAGAACCCAGUUGCCACCUGUCCCCCCUUUUCUCUUUUUACCCCUCACCAGUGUCCUGAGCCAAAACAAAGGCGGCAAGCGCCAACAAAUUUUACCUCGAGGCUAACCCGCAGAGCAGCCUUUCCAAAGUACGGAGGUGUAGAUGGUGGGUGCUUUGAUAGGCACCUCAUCUUCAGCAGAUUCCGUCCCAUUUCAGUGUUUCGGGAAGCAAAUGAGGAUGAAAGUGGCUUUACCUGCUGUGCAUUCUCAGCCCGAGAGAGGUUUCUAAUGCUUGGCACGUGUACAGGGCAGCUGAAACUUUACAAUGUGUUCAGUGGGCAGGAAGAGGCUAGUUAUAACUGUCAUAACUCUGCCAUCACACACCUUGAACCAUCCAGGGAUGGAUCUUUGUUGUUAACAUCUGCCACUUGGAGCCAGCCCCUGUCUGCACUCUGGGGGAUGAAAUCAGUGUUUGAUAUGAAGCAUUCCUUCACAGAAGACCACUACGUAGAGUUCAGCAAGCACUCACAAGAUAGGGUCAUUGGCACAAAAGGGGACAUUGCCCAUAUUUAUGACAUUCAGACUGGCAACAAGCUGUUGACUCUCUUUAACCCAGAUCUUGCCAACAACUACAAGAGGAACUGUGCCACGUUUAAUCCUACAGAUGAUCUAGUCUUAAAUGACGGGGUCCUCUGGGAUGUCCGCUCUGCACAGGCCAUACAUAAGUUUGACAAGUUCAACAUGAACAUCAGCGGUGUUUUCCAUCCUAAUGGACUGGAAGUUAUUAUUAAUACUGAAAUUUGGGACCUUCGAACUUUCCAUUUGCUGCACACAGUCCCAGCUUUGGAUCAGUGUCGUGUGGUUUUCAACUAUACGGGUACAGUGAUGUAUGGAGCUAUGCUACAGGCAGAUGAUGAAGAUGACUUAAUGGAAGAAAGGAUGAAAAGCCCCUUUGGGUCAUCUUUCAGAACUUUCAAUGCAACAGACUAUAAGCCAAUAGCUACCAUUGAUGUGAAACGGAAUAUUUUUGACCUGUGCACUGACACCAAGGACUGUUACCUUGCUGUUAUUGAGAAUCAAGGCAGUAUGGAUGCCCUGAACAUGGACACAGUAUGCAGGUUGUAUGAGGUGGGCAGGCAGCGCCUGGCAGAAGAUGAGGAUGAGGAAGAAGAUCAGAAGCGGAUGGAGGAAGAAGAACAGGAGGAAGAAGAUGAUGAUGAAGAUGAUGAUGACACAGAUGACCUUGAUGAACUUGACACUGACCAGCUGCUAGAGGCAGAGUUGGAGGAGGAUGAAAACAAUGAGAAUGCUGGCGAGGAUGGUGAUAAUGACUUCUCUCCUUCAGAUGAAGAGCUGGCUAACUUGCUUGAAGAAGGAGAUGAAGGGGAAGAUGAAGACUCAGAUGCUGAUGAGGAAGUUGAAUUGAUACUGGGAGACAUGCUUCACUGCCCAUCUGUGGCCAAACUCAUGAAUUUUGGGGAAAUAAUCCCUAUGAUCUCCAGCGGGUUUUCUUAUAUAUAGUCCAGUCAGCACUUUUAAAGGUGGGAUUAGUGAGGCACAUUAAAAGGGGUGGCAAGCAGCCGUGGCGGAGAGUAAAGUCCAGCUCGUGGUGGUGCCAGCUAAUGCAAGUGAGUACUGCUUUAAUUUUUUAAUUUUUUAGUUUGAAUGCAAGGCCACCAAAAUUUGGGUUUGGCUUGUAAAAUUACUUCCUAUUGUAGCUGCCAGGGCACCAAGCAUUUUAGUUCUGGAACUACUUUCUCCCAAGCCAAAUCAAGUUUGUAGGCACAGUACUUACGUUGCUGAAAGGGGAAAAGCUAUAGCUUGGGAAAGAAGAAGCUUAAAUUAUGAUUCUAAUGGGUGCUGGGGGGAGAGGGGAAGGUUGGGGUGGUAUAGGUAGAGAAAAGAGUUAACAGUGAGCAGAGAGAAUAACCCAGACUACAUCCUUAGUCUCAGCUGGAGUUCAAAGGUAGAUAGUGUUUGGGCCACUUUGUUUUUCAAAGUUAGGAUGAUGACUUGAUUUCAGAGGACGAGGCUUGGGUAUUGCUGUUGUCCUGUUCUAGCUCAUCCAACUUGUUAGGGAAAUUUGCUUACUUUAGGGUCAGUAUGUUCCUAAGACUUGCAUUGUCCCAAGAGGACUUUUCUUGAAAUUUUCUUUGGUACAUGCUGCUAGGCAAUCAGUUUAAUCUUAAAAAAAAAAAAAAAAUUUAACAAUAUAGGCUAAAUAGAUAGGAAGUCGUCCUAUAUAGCCUGAAUUAUAUUGAUAAGCGUGAUGGUAAGGAGGUCUGGCAAAAUAUUUAUAUAACAAUGUAUUUGCAAAGUGUCUUUACAUCUCAAAAAUCCCUUAGUUUUGGGUUGCUCUCUUUUCUUCAUUUAAGAGAUCAAUCAAAAGUAGUGGGGCUCUUGCAAGCCAGUCUUCUUACAUAGUUUUUGAGGAUCCAAUUCUACAGUACCAAUAAUUGGACCAACUCUUUGAACUUCCUCUAAAGGAUUAUGUCUACAUGAAUUUCCUUAAUUGACUUUUCUUGGUAAUCAUGCAUGUAGCUGAAGCUUAUGGUUAGGGGUCACUUUCCACAUUUGGGCCCAGUCCUUUGAAUGAAUAGUCCCAGUCCACUUGAAAUACCCUAAUUUUCAGCUGUGUCUUUAGACAUCUCUAAGAGUUUGGGGAGGAAUGUCAAGUGCUUAGGUACACAUGAAAUAUUAGACUGUGUUGGCCUCCUUUCCCUUUUCUGAGCCCCCAGCUUCUUUGUGGCCCUUUUCUAGACUGCUGGAGAAAAACUUUAGCAUAUUGAUAAGAUACCACUAGUGAUUUCCUUCAGUAAUUUCAGGCCUGUAUUUUCUGAUCUUCCUUCCUUGUUUUCUUAACUCUUAGGAGAUCUUUGCUUCCUGUCCCCUUUGCUUGAUUGUGACUUCUCUGACCCAGGGGCAGUUACUUUAGCCAUCUGGUCUAGCCUCGCUCAAGAGCUUUAUUGUCUACUUCUCCGGGUCACAGUAUGUCUUCUUCUUGGAAGUGAUAUUUGGGAAAAUGUUUUGCUUUAACUGUAAUUUCCAAAAAAAAAAAAAAAAAAGUAGUUGUAGUAUCAGAAAAAGUCUGAAGAAUAAAACUUACCUGAUCUUUACCCAUUUAGAGGCUUUACAUCUAUUGAGAAGACAGGAGACAGUAUGCUUUUGCUAGUCACCUAGCUGAAAAGCCAUUUCUCUAGUCAACUCAUUUCCUUCCAUUGGAAUUACUGGUCUUGGUGAAAAAUUUUGUUUUCUCAUUCAUUGACAUGCUUUUUUGUUUUGUGAACAGCCAAUAAGGGUGCUGACCCAGAGGCAGGCUUUUUCCUCUGUCCUGCUUGACUUCAAAUAAUACAUGAUGACCUCCUUUUAAGUAGUCACUUAGAACCCAGAAAUGUAGCGGCAGCUGAGAGAAUCAGAAUUGGCUCCUUGCAUUUCCAAUCAGUGCUAUAUAAGAGGGCAUUAGUACAGCCUAGCAGAUUGUGGGGAAAAGGAUAUAAUGAAGCAAACUAUUCGAGUUUUAUAUCCAUAAAAGAUGCUCAGGGGUGUGUCCUGGGGGGGCGGGGGAGCUGUUUUGUUGAAAGUAGGAGCAAGUUACCAGGAAAUCAAACUCCUACCUUGAGUUUCAAAAUAGCCUCUCCUUUGGCAUUGCUGUGAGAUGGCUAAUAUUCCAUAGAUAAUUGAUGUUCCCUUAGGGCUUAUAAUUUGCAAGUAUGUACAGGCCAUCUUCCUUUAGAAAACAGUGUUGGUAAUGAAGAGGCACACUGAUAGUGUAUUUCAGACUUCUGCAGCAAAAAAAUAAAAAAAAAAUUUGAUGAUCAAAGAGGACUCUUGAGAAGUUUAGAGGACAAUAUCUGAGUUCCUUCUUGCUACCGAUGGUCCCCAUGUCCAGUAUAGAAUCUUUAGGACAGGGGAGUGAGGUGACUGAAUGAGAAACCAAAAUGGAAUGGAAUAAUCAAUUCAGAAAUUCCUAAAUUCCUCACAAUUUUUGAGGAAUUGUGAAAAUUGGCCCUCUUGGUCCAAGCAGCACUGAGGUAGGAGGCCUUCUAGUGUAAGUCUUACAUCUUAAGAACAUUGGGUUGAGUGACAUCUUGUCACUUGAACUCAAGGUAGGAGUAUUAGGAUCCCUUGGGCUUGACUGCAGCUCUGUGAUAUGAUACCCUACAGCAGGCCCUGAUCUCAGGGCCAGUGCCAUAUGGCAGGGGUACCUGCUAAAGCUACAUUUGGCGAUUCUUCUGGGACCACUGAAUAUCUCCUUUUUAUUAGGGUUGAGGCUCCCUUUUGGCUGGAUAGGUUCUUCAGACAGCACAAAUGUUCCUAAGAGCACAGCGAGGUUAAACUGUCUGUGGGCCCUUUUUAAAGAACACUGAGCUGAGAUUUCCCAGGGUAGGAGAUGGUUGCCAGCAACAGAUGUGCUCUCAGCUGCCAACACCAUGGAGCUAAUUGGUAUGUUUUCUCCUUUCUUGAAAAUGGUAAUUGACCCACUCAGGGAGGAUAAAGGUAGAGCACAGUACUUUCUGAACACUUCCUGUAAGUUCAACAUUUAACCUUCUCUUUACCUCCCUUUUUCUUCUCUGCCU